AUUUGAUAUAUGGUAUAUCUGAAUACACAGAAUUAUUAGAUAGUUUUGUCCGCCCCCUUUCUCAACCUCAAACUAUUAAAUAAAUCAUUCUCUCUCUCCGAUUUGAGAUUUCUAUCUUCUACAGUCUCUUAUUCAUCAAUGGCGACUCAAGGCCAAGUCAUCACUUGCAAAGCGGCGGUGGCUUAUGAACCGAACAAGCCACUGGUAAUUGAGGAUGUCCAGGUGGCUCCGCCGCAGGCUGGUGAGGUUCGGAUCAAGAUUCUCUUCACUGCACUCUGCCACACUGAUGCAUACACUUGGAGCGGAAAGGAUCCUGAGGGUCUAUUCCCAUGCAUUCUUGGACAUGAGGCUGCUGGGAUAGUAGAAAGUGUGGGUGAAGGUGUAACUGAAGUCCAACCAGGUGAUCAUGUCAUCCCUUGUUACCAGGCGGAGUGUAGAGAAUGCAAGUUCUGCAAAUCAGGAAAGACAAACCUAUGUGGCAAAGUUAGGACUGCCACUGGAGCUGGAGUCAUGAUGAAUGAUCGCCAGAGCCGCUUCUCAGUAAAUGGGAAAUCAAUCUUCCACUUCAUGGGGACCUCAACAUUUAGCCAGUACACGGUUGUGCAUGAUGUUAGUGUUGCAAAGAUUGAUCCACAAGCUCCUUUGGACAAAGUAUGCCUUCUUGGUUGUGGUGUUCCAACUGGGCUUGGUGCAGUUUGGAACACAGCCAAAGUUGAACCAGGGGCUACUAUUGCUAUUUUUGGCCUUGGGACUGUUGGUCUUGCGGUUGCAGAAGGUGCGAAAUCAGCUGGUGCUUCAAGAAUAAUUGGUGUGGAUAUUGAUAGCAAGAAGUAUGAUAUAGCAAAGAAUUUUGGAGUUACAGAGUUUGUGAAUCCAAAGGACUAUGAUAAACCAAUUCAGCAGGUCCUUAUUGAUCUCACAGAUGGUGGUGUUGAUUACAGUUUUGAGUGCAUCGGAAAUGUCUCCGUCAUGAGAGCUGCUUUGGAAUGCUGUCACAAGGGUUGGGGAACAUCGGUUAUCAUAGGUGUUGCAGCAUCAGGUCAAGAGAUAUCUACUAGACCUUUCCAACUGGUGACUGGCCGUGUCUGGAAAGGGACUGCGUUUGGUGGAUUCAAGAGUCGUUCACAAGUGCCUUGGCUUGUGGACAAGUACAUGAAGAAGGAAAUCAAGAUUGAUGAGUACAUCACCCACAAUUUGACUCUCGGAGAUAUUAACAAGGCAUUUGAUCUGCUGCAUGAAGGGGGUUGCCUCCGAUGUGUGCUUAAGUUGCAGGAAUGAGACUACACGUGUGAACUAAAGGGGUGAUCUGUGAAGAACUACGUGCCUAUCAUCUGGAACCGGGUGUGUACUUUUGCUGCUAUCUUAUGAGUAUAAACUAGAAUGUGUUUGUAUGAAGCCUAGUAUUUUAAGCUUGUGAAAAAUGUUUGCUUUAUCAUGUUAAAAGCGAACCUGUAAUGGAGGUGUAUGCACGAACAAAAUAAUUGAGCUCCAAAUCAUCUGAAUUAUGGAGUUGAUGAGUAUCAGAUAUUGAUGUUCUGAAAUUUUGGUGUUUGCUCGUGGAGAUAUUUGCUUCUCUA